GCGGGAUCGCAAUUGUCCUUGGUGCACAUGCCCACGAACGUGCCCAGGCUGCUGCAGCAGCAAUAUCCCGGCGCGGCCCCAACCACUUGUCAGUGCACGAGCGACCUCUCAGGCAUAGCUGCAUGACUCUGUUCAUGGUCAGUGCUGUGCUGCACUUGAGAGGAACUUCGAUGUGUAAACAGCCAGUUCGUGAUAGCCACGGCAACGUCCUCCUGUGGAACGGCGAAGUUUUCGGUGGAGCUUGCAUUCCAAUCUUUGAGAGCGACACAGUGCACCUAUCCCAAAGACUCGCAUCGAUUGACGACCACGACAUGGAAACAACGGCUGCCAAGGUAGUGCAAGCAAUCAGCAGCAUUCAAGGCCCUUUUGCCUUCGCGUGGCUCCAUGUGUCCACCAACACCUUGUUCUACGGGCGAGAUCGAUGGGGCCGUCGGAGUCUUGUGAUGCACAUGCCGUUGCAAGCCGACGCUACCAUGCUCUUUCAGUUGGCGUCGGUGGCGCUCGAUUCUCUAGAGGAUUGGGAGGAGGUCGGUUGCACAGGCAUCUACAGCUUGAAUCUCAGCACCGUGUGUGCAAAACCGCAAUUGCACUUGUGGCCACCUCCAGCGAUAUCGCUUUCCAUUCCAUGUCGUCCUCCGCUGCCUCCGUCUAUCGAGGCGCUGGUACGAUUCGACUGUGAUCCUCAUAGCACCAGCUCUGCCAUGUUGCAAUCCGCCAAGCAUCUUCUUCAAGUUCUCAGUGCGUCCGUGGCGAAACGAGUCGAAUCCAUUCCGCCUGCCGCAACCGUUGGUGGCCACGAGUUGUCGCCUGCACGUGUGGGAGUGUUGUUUUCUGGCGGGCUUGAUUCCGUCGUUCUGGCAGCGUUGACCCACUUCCAUCUUCCUCGCGAGGACCCCGUGGACCUGCUUUCGAUUUGUUUUGACAAGGACCACUCGUCCCCCGACCGAAAGGCGGCCAUCUCGAGCUGGAUGGAGCUUAUUCAUCUGUUUCCCACACGAACUUGGAGAUUUAUUGCUAUCGACGUUCCCCGUGACCAAGUUGACGUCCACCAGCCACACAUACUACAGUUGAUGCAGCCGUGCAAGACGCACAUGGAUUUCAACAUUGGCACUGCAUUCUGGUUUCUCGCGAGAGGUCAUGGCACGAUACUUGACGUAAAAUCUCCCGCGGACGAGAACGUCGCCCCUUCUGGCUUGCCGAGAGCUCCUGUGGUAAUUCUGUUUGAGGCAUCCACAGACGGACGUUGCCCUGUCGCGACAUGCCCCGGACGCAAACCGCACUCUGGAUGCAAUCUCCAAAGCCACAUGUGCAAAGCUUGUUGCACACGGAGCUACAAACUCGCAGCGAAAGUGAUCAGCUAUGCGACACAUCCCCAAGAAGUCGCGUCGUGCUUCGCAGCAUUGGACAGCAUGGGCAUUCCGCGGGAGAAAUUGCUGCUUUGGCUCGACACUCUACGACGUGAUGACGUCCCGUCCACAUGUCGAAAGCUAAGCUCGUUGAUGCCCUCCGCCGCUGCGACGGAUUCGAUCAAACUUGGACAUCCCUACACGUCCCAGGCAAAGGUGCUCCUGGUUGGCAUCGGCGCGGACGAGCAAGUGGCAGGUUACAGCCGUCACAAGGAGGCGUUUGUGACGAAAGGAUGGGAUGGACUGCGCGCAGAGCUAGACAUGGACAUGAGCCGGAUCUGGCAGCGAAACUUGGGGCGCGACGACCGCAUGAUUGCCGACCACGGCCGCGAGGCAAGGUUUCCAUACUUGGACGAAGAUGUGAUUGCACUGCUGCGGUCGAUUCCCCUGGAUCAUGUCGUCGACUUUGCACAGCCACGGGGGGUUGGGGACAAGCUCAUUCUGCGGAUUGUUGCGAGGCAGUUGGGACUGAUACACUGCACGGGGCUGGCCAAGCAAGCAAUUCAAUUUGGAACUCGCAUUGCCAAGCAAUCGAACGAUCGAGUUUUGGGGCACAAACCGAAAGGCACGACCAUGUUUCUUGCGGCGUGAAAUCGGUAAUCUCACGAAUCCAAGGCGGAGGGGGGCAUGUCACCAAGAAGACAUGCAUUCGAUCACGACAUCUCGUCGGAAUGUCAAAAUGUACAUGGAAAGGGAUUUGAUAGCGGCAGCAAUGGCGUUUUUCCUUUGGGAACAGUCGUUGCGGCCUUAGGGCCACAUGCACGGAUUUCACGGGCAAUGAAUCAUGUCAUUGUGGCUCGAACAGCCUCUCUAAUCCCACAUGGAACUGGGACUGCCUGAGCUACAGCGAACACGAUUCGUGCAGGGCUACAGUGUGUGUUGUUUUU